UUAGGUCGUCCUUAUAAAAUCCUAGAUCCUGUGGAAAAAAAAAAAAGAAAGCUUAUCCCAAUUUAUUCUCUUUUUCUUUAUUUCUUUUUUGUCUUUUAAAAGACUUGAUAUAAUCACGAAAUGAACUCAACUCACGAAACAAAAGAAUGGCACAUGUCUCAAGCUUCUUUACAAAAUCCUUGCAUGGCCGAAAGUCCUGUAUCUCAGUCACCUCAAAUUCAGCACUAUUCACCAAUGCCUUCAAUGGAUCAUCACUAUGGACAAUCAUUUCCUCAGGGCCCUAUGCAUCCUCCUGUUCAUCACCAGCUUCCGCCCUCAACCAAUUUCUUACCUGCUGGAAAGAAUGACACGGAUCCACGCUUACCUGGUAUGAUGUCUCUUUCCCAACCUGGUACUCCUCGUCCUGCUCAUCAUUCCUCUCCUCCCUCAAAGAAAGCUCAUGCUAAUUAUACCACCUCAUCAUUCCAUGCUGCUCCUUAUGCCCACCCAUCACUAGCUCGCAAGAGAGGAAGAAAUGAACUUUUUUCUACUGAGCUCGGUCCUUUCUUUAGUUCCACAAAGCCCUUUGAUAAUUUGUAUGCGUUGGACAGAUCUACAUUGUUAACACUUCGUAUUCAAGCUAAGAUGGAUAGAGGUUUCUUCUUGGCUGAUAAUGAUUGGACAUGUUACCGUAGAAACUAUUUCCAAGUGAGUGGUGCCUUCGCUAUCCAUGGUUUAAACCAUUACUAUGCUGAUCAGGAAACUCAAUGUCUCGUUCAAGUCGACGGGCAUUUUUUCCCAGUUCAUAAUUUCUCAAUGAACAUUUCGGCCCGCGUUUCGAAUAGCGACAAAAAAAUAGAAUUAGUUCAGCACACACCCAAGCGUGAUAAGGGUCCCCAAUCUACUCCUAUCGCUAAACUCAUCAUGCCCGGUGGUAAUUUAAGCAUGAGCUCAGUAGGCGCCAACCAAAGUAUUGUUACUUUUGAAAGAAUCCAAUUCAAAACUGCUACUGCUAAUAACGGUAAAAGAAGAGCUGCUCAACAAUAUUACGUCUGUUUAGUAGACCUUUAUGCGGAGAUUGAAGGUAAUAAGAAGGUUAAAAUUGCUUCUUGCCAAUCUGCACCUCUUGUCGUUCGCGGCCGUAGCCCAGGUCAUUACUCUGAUAACCAUGAUCGUUAUGAGAACAACAUGCCUAUCUCUGCUCCUCCUCAACAACAACAUGAUGAAAGAUUCAAUGCUCCUUUCCCAAGACCACCCAUGACACCUCCCGGUGUAAUGGCUCCAGAAUAUGGAUCUCCUUAUCCUUAUCAACCGUAUAACAAUUAUCCUCAUUAUCCUAUGCAGCAAGGUAUGGUCAUGAACUCUACACCACCUACCCCUACAAGUGGUCCAGCACCUCCUCAACAUCAGCAUCAACAACAACAACAACAUCACCAUCAUCAUCAACAACAACAACAACAGCAACAACAACAACAACAACAACAACAACAACAUCAAGGUAAUAACGGUUCAUAUAUGAUACCUAGCAUGACUUCUGAUCCAUCUUCCUCAGAAACAUCUUCUCCUGAUCUCUACAAUGGUGAAUAUAACAACGGAAGAGUAUCCGCGUCUAAUAAUAAUGCGUUGCACGAAGAGUCUAAAUUAAGUCAUCCCCAGCUUCCUCAUCCUCAUCACAACGGUGGUAGUGUGAAUAUGCAUUUACCUAUGGAUAAUGGAGAAUGGCAUCGCGGACGUAUGAACUCUACUGGUAGUCAUCAUUCACCCGCUGCUUACGAGCAACAACAUAAUUCAUACUUUUCUCAAGCUCCUACUCCUAAUAACCCUCCUCAAAGCGCAUUUUCUAAUAACUCUGCUCCUUCCACGCCUUAUGGUGGUCCCAGCCCAAGAAAGUUUGGUGGUCAAAACAUCCAACAGACAUCCUAAUAACCUCUACAAUACUGCCAUAUGAUACACCUUGCCUCCUCUUUUUUUUUUCUCCUCACUUUUUUGUAAGCUUUUUUUUCCUACAACCUCACCAUUUUUUUUUUAUCUAUGUAAUUUUCAAAUCAUGCUUUUCAUGAUCUUUUUUGUUUAUUUUAUUUACCCUUAUAUCUUAUUUAUACACGCUUUACGAUAGAAAAGAGAUUAUCUCUUUUUAUAUAUAUAUAAAAACCCAAUUUAAUACAAAUAAUAAUAUUUGACUUGCUGUAUGACGGUG